AUGGCUCUGGAAGAUGAGAUAAAGGCAGAGGAUGUCUUACAUGCCUUGGAGGAAUUAGGUGAUGAAGAGUUUGACAAAUUCAAAUGGUACCUGCAGCAGCCUGAAAGUCUACCUGGAGUCCCACCAAUUAAAAAGAGUCGCCUGGAAAGAGCAAAAAGCACCACUGUUGUAGAGUUGAUGCAGCAAACCUACACACUUCAACGAUGCCUGAAAGUUACCAAAGAAAUUUUAAAAAAACUUCACAGGAAUGACCUCGUGCAGCUGUUGCUUCAAUAUAGGAAUUCAAAAAAACAGAAGUAUCUAAAACACAAUAGAUGUAAGGAUGAUGAGGAAAGUAAAGAAUGUGAAGAUAAUGAGGGAGAGUUGAGGAAGAAAGACAAAGUUCAGCGGACCAUCAAGAAAAUAAGAAGGAAAAUUCAAGAAAUCAAGGAUUUGGUAAAGACUAGUAAUGAUGCUGCUAACAGAGAGAAAGCAGAGAGUACUCUAGUUUUCAUGGCUCUGAGAGAAUCUGCUGAGAGAGAGCUGAGGGAGCUUAUAAAGAAGAUCGAAGAUAAGCAGAAAACCACUGAAAAGGAAGCUGAAGAUUUCAUUGCAGAUUUAGAACAGGAAAUCUCUGAGCUGAUGAAAAGGAGUUCUGAACAAGAUUUCCAGCAAAGCUCUUUGCUGAAAGCUGAUCCACCCAAGAAGAAAUGGGUUGAGGACAGAGUCUAUCCACCUUCAUAUGAGGGAACAGUGGAUAGAGCCGUGACUCAGCUAAAGGAUACGCUGUGGGAGGAGAUGAAGAAACAGUUGGAGCUAAAGAGGGUCCAGCAAUAUGCGGUAGAUCUUACUCUGGAUCCUGACACAGCUCACCCUAAAUUAAUCCUCUCUGAUGAUGGAAAACAGGUAAAACAUGGAGAUGUUUGGCAAGAUCUUCCAGACAAUAAAGAAAGAUUUUCUGACUGUGUUGAUGUUUUAGCAUGCCAGAGUUUCUCAUCAGGAAGCUUUUACUUUGAAGUCCAGGUUAAAGGAAAGACUGACUGGGAUUUGGGAGUGGCCAAAGACUCCAUCAACAGGAAGGGUUUCAUUGACCUGAGUAUUAAGAACGGUUUCUGGACUAUUGUAUUAAGAAAUGGCAAUCAGUACUUAUCAGGUGAUAAUUCUUCAGAUCAUGUCUAUCUCCCUACUGUACCAGAGAGGGUGGGGGUGUUUGUGGAUUAUGAGAAGGGUCUAGUUUCAUUUUAUGAUGUAGAUACUGCAGCUCUAAUCUACUCAUUUUCUAACUGCUGCUUCACAGAAAAACUCAAACCAUACUUCAGUCCUUAUCUUAAUAAAGGAGGUACAAACUCUGCUCCUCUGAUCAUCUGUACGGUUAACCAGGCUCGAUGUUGCUGUUAUGAGGCUUCAUAA